UCCUUUACAAUAUUCUAUUGAUGGUAAGAUUAGAGCAGACAAAUUAUCAGCUCCAAUCUUGUAAUUUAAGAGUUUGUCAUAGAGUAUAGCUAGCAUGCUGAUUAAAAUGUUAGAUGUACUUUCGAAGUAGUAUACAUAUUUUACAUGUAGAUGUGUCCAAAUAUUAUGCAAAAAUAGUCUGGGAAUAUUUUGGCAUCUCCUCAAAAAUAUUCUCAUUCCUUUUUUUUUUUUAAUCAAUCUGUAUGUUGCCAGACCUAAAUUUGGGCCAAAAAUUGUUUCUGUAUUUUUUAAAGAAUCCUAAAAAUGGCUUUUUUUUCUCCCCAUACAAAGUUUUUUAGGCUUUGGCUCUUUCUGCAUGAAAAAGCUACUUAUGAACUUUUAUCUGUUCAUGAUAUAAGCAAUUUAAUAUUUCGAAAACUGCAAAAUAUAAGUUACUAAAUAUUCUUCACUCAUUCAUUAACAAAAUCUUGAAACAUUUAGGGUAUUGUUAUUAUGAAUGUUUUAAUUGUUAGUCAAGCAUGUGCUGAAUGUAUAUUCUGCAUGCAGGCUUUAUAAGCAAUUAAAGAAAAAAUAUAUGGAGAUUUUGUUAAUGGUUACUAGUACAAUAUUUAGGAAUUUUGUGACAUUAACAUUUUAUAUGAAUACAUAACUUGGAUGAUGAUUAAUCUGAAACUCCAACAUAAAAUGUAUUCCAGAAAAACAAGGUUUGUCUAGUAAAUAAACUGAACUUAUACAUUGAUUUAAACCAUAAGGCUGGAUGACUUUUUCUUGCAGAUAAGAAAACUGUGGUGGGUGUAUUUUCAAAUGAAACUCCUUUAAUAAAUGUCGGUUUAUUUAUUGCACCUGCUUUAGCUAGUGGUUGUAGAAUCAUUGUACAAGCAGGUACCAAGAUAUUUUUGGCAUUACAUCUCAUAAAGGAGCUUGCUGCUAGUAUAGGGUGAGCACAGUCAUUAUUUUGCACAGCCUCAGUUUCAUUAUGCUCAUUAUAUUUUUCUGUUUUCCUAUCCAUGACUAUUUUCCCACUCUAAUGUUGAUAAUCUUAGAAAUAUAAUUUUAGAUUCCAUUCAAUAACAGUGAUUCCCUCAGAUGAUAAUCAUUUAAGUACUUACAUUGGUUCCUCAGUUGAACUUAGUGUUGUUGUGCUAUUUGAUGACUUGUUGGAUAAGAAAUAUUCAACUGUACCUGAUGAAAAAACAAAUACCAGAAUUGUUUAUUUAACAAAUUAUCGCAUACCAGCUAUAAUUUUUGAUGAUGCAGACCUUCAUGCUGCUACUGAAGGUAUUAUAAGUGCAGCAUGGUCAAAAUGGGCACAUUCUUCUGUAGGCACAGUAUUUGUGCAAGAAAGUAUAUUGGAUCAGUUUUUAGAUAUGUUAAAAAAGAAAUUAUCACACUUGAAAGUAGGACCAAGUAAUGAAAAAUUGGCAGAUAUAUCGCAAUGUAUUAGUGAUUUGUCAUGUCUUAAGAAAACCUUAGAAUCAUCACUAUGUAUGGAAAAAUUCCAGGUCCUUAAAAAUGAUGACAUAUGGCAACCGACAUUGAUUCUAGGUGGUAAAGUAGAUGAUGGUCAGGCGUUUUCGUCUACAGAGGAUGACGGUCAAGUGUUAACCGUGUUAAGUUUUCGAUCCAUUGAAGAAGCUAUUAGUAUGGCAAACAGUUCUAAACAGGGAUUGGCUGCCUCAGUAUGGUCAGAGAAUUUGUGUCUGAUCAAUGAAGUAGUCAGAAAGUUGAAAGUGACUAAUAUAUGGAUCAAUGGAACAUAUGGUACAACUGCCGCUAAUGUUACUUUUACUCCUUUGAAAGGUAGCGGUGUUGGCAACUUUGGUGGAGUUGAAGGUUUUUUCGAACUGCUGUCUCCCUAUGAUGCAUUUAUUCCAAAAGCAGAGAAUGAUUCAGAUAAGAAUAUCAGUUCCGCUAUAGGCGCUGCCAAAAAAGGCCAGGAAUGCUGGGGAAAAAUAUCAAAAAUCAAAAAGAAAUUGUUAUUGUUGGCUAAAUUGAAAGACUUGUUGAAUAAACAUUUUUCUAGCAACGCCGAAGACUAUUAUUCGAUAAUCUACAGAUAUUUCAAUGGUAGAGAUAGUAGUUUUGCAACCACUCAGUCUGGCUUCGAUUUAGUAUCCUACCAAGAACCACGAGGAGUGGUUGCAGUUGGAAAUAUCCAAGAUAAGCAUGCCAUCUAUGUAACAGUCAGAGCACUCUAUGAAGGCAAUGCGGUCAUUUCUCAACAUUGGAUAGCCAAAGAAUUAGGUCCUCUCUUGCCUGACGGCGUCCUGAAAUACAUCCCAGAUACUGCUGAGGCCACCAGAGCAGUGGAAUCCCAUAACGACGUUCAAGUCUUUUUUGGCAGUUGGAAUGCAGAGAUGCUCCCACCUUCGCACGUCACAGAUUCAAGUAACAUCCAAUCUAUCCUUGAAGAGGAAUUUUACAACAAAGUUAGCGUUGUCAAAAAUGUCUGGUGUGAUGUAGGGAAGUCCAGUUUAUGCAAUUUUGGAGAGUAGAUGGAUAUAUGUCAAAGCAUGUUGCUUCUUAGAAAAAUAUUUUUCUGUAAUAUUUACACGUUGACUCAUAUUUUUGAUGUUAAUUGUAUUUUUCAUGUUUUUGAAUAAAUGGGAAGUUAAACUAAA